AUGGGAAAGAAGCAGCAUCAAAAGGAUAAGAUGUACCUUACGUACACAGAAUGGGGUACACUCUUUGGUGGCAAAAAGGCUGAAAACCUUGAGAAUGAGCACAUAAAGUUCAAAAGACUUCCAUUCGACCAUUGCUGCUUAUCUCAGAUACCAUUCGAAAUCCCUUAUGCUGAUGAGCAUGGAAAUGUCUUCGAACUGGAACCAAUUGCUAAAUUUGUAAAGCAGUUCAAAAAAAAUCCAGUAACAGGAGAGCCACUAGACGUGAAGAAAGGACUUACAAAGCUUACAUUCGCAAACAAUACAAAUGACGAUAGCGAGGAAAUGGCAAGAUUCCAAUGUCCAGCACUUUUUAAGCCAUUUACAAAGAAUUCUCAUGUUGUCUACAUUAAAACCACUGGAAAUGUCUUUUCAUAUGAAGCAGUUGAGCAACUUAACAUCAAGACAAAAAAUUGGAAGGACUUGAUCAAUGAUGAGCCAUUUACACGUAAAGACAUCAUCACCAUUCAGGAUCCAACUCGACUGGAGAAGUUUGAUAUUUCCAAGUUCUUUUAUAUUAAAAAUAACUUGCGUGUAGAGUCAGAAGAAGAACGGCUUAUGAGAUUAGAUCCUAAACAGAGACUUCAGAAAAUGACGACAGAAACGAGAGAAAUCCUCGAUGAACUUGAAUCCACAUACAAAGAGAAGAAACAGACUAAAGAUGACGAAAUUAAAAGACCUGACAAGUUCAAUGCUGCAUAUUAUUCAACAGGUCGUGUUGCUGCAAGCUUUACAUCAACAGUUAUGGAACCGACAAGUAGAAAUGACGCAGAUGUUCUAGCUGAUGAUAUUGUGAGGUACGAACGUGUUAAAAAGAAAGGAUAUGUUAGGCUUAAUACAAAUUUUGGUCCAUUGAACAUUGAAUUGUUCUGUAAUGAUGUCCCAAAAACAUGUGAGAACUUUCUUAAGCACUGCAAAAAUGGAUAUUUUAAUGGCACUAAGUUCCAUCGAUCAAUUAGAAAUUUCAUGAUUCAAGGCGGUGACCCAACAAGUAAGCAUGGCAAGGCUGGAAAAGGUGGAACCUCAAUAUGGAAUAAUAAGUUUGAAGAUGAAUUUAAGCCAGGUUUAAGCCACAACUUCAGAGGAAUUGUAUCAAUGGCCAAUUCAGGUCCAAAUACAAAUGGUUCACAAUUCUUCAUCACUUAUCGAUCAUGUAAGCAUCUUGAUGGCAAGCACGUGAUUUUUGGAAAGCUUGUUGGUGGUGGAGAAUCUUUAAAUGACAUGGAAAAAGUGGAAGUAGACAAGUUUGACUAUCCAAUUGAAGAUAUAAUCAUUCAAAGUUGCACAGUCUUUGUUGAUCCAUACGAGGAAGUAGACCAGGAAUUAGAAGAACUAAGAAGAGUUGAAGCUGAGAAAAUUCAAAAAGAAAAAGAUGAGCUAAUGGCAGCGAAGAAAAAGAAGCAACAAAAAAGUACAGCACUUAAAGUUUACAGAGAAGGAGUUGGCAAAUAUUUAGCAAAACCAGCCACGAAAACAUCACUUCCUAGCACUUCUUCUGAGCCUCCAGCAAAGAAGAAGAAAGAUACAACUUACGAUUUUAAUUUUAAUAACUGCACAAGACGAGUGGUGAAUUUGCAAAAAUAA